GUCUGGACGAGAUCGGUUCACCGGAUACACAAAGGUUGGCACAAAUCCCACAUAACGAGAGCGCAGAGGAGGAGGGUGAACACGGAAGCAGAGGGAGGGGUUUGCUGUCACUUUGGGCACUGACUCCUGUUGAAUCCACACUGAGUGCAGACAAGUGCUUCAGCAGGCGCAGAGGGCUCCACACUCAGGUUCUCUUGUUGACUAUUUGCACAGAAGGUGUGUGUUCAUAAGGAAUAAGAGACAGCGGAGCGUAAGAAGCUUCACUCAGAGAGUCCCCGCAGUUUUCUUCUUCAUAUCUUCUACUGAGCCGAAAAGAUGGAGCGGAUAGAGGACGAAAAGCCGAAGAAGAAGGUGACGUUUUACCUUCUCUACUGUGUUUCAACAGCAGUCAUCGGCUCGCUACAGUUUGGCUACAACACCGGGGUCAUCAAUGCACCAGAGCAGAAACUGCGUAGGUUUUUCCAGAAUGUGUCUAUGGCGCGGUAUGGCGAGCCUUUCAGCCCGGGAACCAACACCAUGGUGUGGAGUGUUUCUGUGGCUAUCUUCAGUGUGGGAGGCAUGAUAGGGUCUUUCUCUGUUGGAGCCUUGGUCAACAAAUUUGGCAGGCGCAAGUCCAUGCUGCUAGCUAAUGUCCUGGCUCUGCUUGGAGGGGGUCUGAUGGCACUGUCAGCUCUGAGUCAGUCUUUUGAGAUGGUCAUUGUUGGCCGGUUGAUCAUCGGCGUCUUCUGCGGUCUGUGCACGGGUCUGACACCCAUGUACGUCGGCGAGAUCUCUCCCACCGCUGUCCGAGGAGCCUUCGGCACGCUGCACCAGCUGGGUGUCGUUAUCGGCAUCCUGGUGGCACAGAUCUUCGGCCUGGAGGCUCUGCUCGGCUCAGACACUCUGUGGCCUGUGCUGCUGGGCCUGACCAUCCUGCCCGCCAUCCUGCAGAGCAUCAUGCUGCCCUUCUGCCCCGAAAGCCCCCGCUACCUGCUCAUCGUCCUCAACCAGGAGGAGGAGGCCAGAACAGCGCUGGUGCGCCUGCGUGGCAGUGAAGAUGUGAGUGAUGAUUUGAAUGAGAUGAAGGAAGAAGGGAUGAAGAUGGCCAUGGAAAAGAAAGUGACCAUCCUUGAGCUCUUCCGCUCCCCAAACUACCGUCAGCCAAUCAUUAUCGCCAUCAUCCUCCAGCUCUCUCAGCAGCUGUCCGGCAUCAAUGCUGUCUUUUAUUACUCUACAGGCAUAUUUGACACAGCUGGUGUGACUCAACCCAUCUAUGCCACCAUAGGAGCUGGAGUUGUCAACACUGUGUUUACUGUUGUCUCACUCUUCCUGGUUGAGCGGGCGGGGCGAAGGACGUUGCACCUGAUUGGACUGGCUGGAAUGGCUAUCAGUGCCCUGCUUAUGACGAUCUCCCUGUCGUUGGUGAAGACCAACGAAUCUCUAAGCUACCUGGCCAUAGUAGCUGUGUUCGGCUUUGUUGCCAGUUUUGAGAUGGGUCCAGGUCCCAUCCCCUGGUUCAUCGUGGCAGAGCUCUUCUCCCAGGGACCCCGACCUGCUGCCAUGGCCGUCUCUGGUUGCUCCAACUGGACGGCCAACUUCCUGGUGGGGCUGGGGUUCCCUAAACUGGAGGAACUCUGUGGUCCAUAUGUCUUCAUCAUCUUCAUGAUCCUCCUCAUCAUAUUCUUCAUCUUCACGUUCCUGCGAGUGCCUGAGACCAAAGGAAGAACCUUUGAUGACAUCGCUCAGGGAUUCGCUACCAGUGCAGGGAAAUCCUCACAAUCCCCGCCGCCUGAGGCGGUAGUCGUCGGCCUGCCAGAGAGCAAAGACGCUGCACCCAUGUCCCCCACAGAAAAGGUUCCCAUGGUCAACCUACCAGAGAAGCCAUGAGUAUCGUUAGAGAGAAGGAGGAACAGGGUGCAAGACAGACGACAGGUUCCAAGCACAUAGAUAUUGUAAGGAGUUAUAUUUCAUAACUCACAAAUGGUGACAGAGCAGUGGGGGUGUGUUUAGAAAAAGCCAACUCAGUGUAUUAAUGCAGAAAUAAGAUUUUAGGUUUUCGUGUUUUUAGUGUGCCUUUUUAAAAAAAAAUUAAACUCAGUGUUUUUUUUUUAAAAGAUUCAGCUGUUACAAAUGCUAAAAUAAUUGACAGAAUUCAAUGUAAUCAUACUUUAAACAUGGGGCCAAACUUAAGUGAAUUACCAGUACUUAAUAUUUAUUGACAUUCCCAGUGCCUGCUCCAUGCAUCUUGCCGUAUAAGAGGAUCAACAUAUGUUCUGCGUUAAGUCCCAGAUCUUUAGCUACCCCCAGAGUUAAAAGGUUGCAGGAUUUGGGGGUUUUACGUAUUGAGGUCAAGCCUGAAAAGCCGGUUUUGGAGCCUGGUAGUUUGACCCAUUAAAAAACCCACUGACUUGCAGUCCUGUCUGUCUGCCUGCCUGGUGUGCCUUGCUGCUAGGGGGAGGGAGCCAUGUUGCCUUGACUAGAUAGAAUAAACAUGGAGAAGAAGCUGCAGACUUACAAUAAAUAUAUUUAAGAAAGCAGAAAAUAAAUAUUUCUUCUCAUCUUGUUGCACAACGUCCCCCGAGAGGCGAGGAUGUUUGUGUGUUGUUUGAAGCCGGCAGUGUUAAUGCUGAUAAAUAAGGACAACAAGGACAGGUGUGUAAAUCAGUACUGUCUGCAUCAAGUAUAUUGUUUGUAAGAGAUAGAGGUGUAGUUUAGCACUGCCAAGACUGAAAGAAGUCUCCUUAUAGGCUUUCUGCUCUUAAAAACACAACCUAACCUCUUGUGUUUUACGAGAUCGUUACACAACCAGGGUGACAGAAAAAUUGUUGUACUACAGAUGUUUAUAAUUUGCAUUACAGCAGUUGGACACAAAAAACUCAGGUGGCUAUUUGUGCUAUACCGUAAAAUCGGCUUCUGACUGUUACGGCGUAAAAAAUGCAUUCAUCCAUCACUGUACUUGAAACUCUUUUGACAUCCGCACGUAGCAGUAACUUCUGAAUCACGGGUCAUGAAAUAAAAUGUCUUACAAUCUCUAAAAUAGUGUUACAUCAAAUCAAAAGUGCUUGUCAGUGUUAAACCAUUGUUCGAGGGAUGUGCCGAGACACACUCAAGUCUACUGAUAAUGAAAUGACAACACGCUUCUCAGUAGAAACAAGACAUUAGCCAUGUGGAACGGUGAUGUUGAAUUAAAACACUAAACUGUAUUUAUUUCAAUGGUUAACGCACAAAAAAUAUCUUAUCGUCUACAUUUGUUUCUAAUUGUCUGAAAUCAUGUGUAUAUAUUGUAGAACCUCCAGUUACUAUAUCAUGAUCAACUACCACAGCACAGUAUGCGUGCUUCUAAAUGUCAUGCCAGUGUUUGGACAGUUGCUUCUUCCUCUGGAUGCGCGCAUGCUUAAAGGAAGCACAUGUCCAUGUUUGAGCUCAGCAGCGUUUUUCAUUUGCACUUUUGUCGUCGGACUACUUCAUAAUGACUGCUUGUAUUGUGUGUGGCUCUCUGUUACAUGUAAAUAUACCAUAUGUGUAAGUGUAUGGUUUUGGUUGCUUGUUUCCCAUAAUCCUGUUUCAUCUACUGUACGUUACAUCUACUGAUUUGUCUUGCACUAUGGAAAUACUGUUACUAUGGUAAAUGUCGCUAUGUUGCUCAAUAGCAGAGAGAACUGAGGAAGGCUGAGCGUGCUUGAGAGUCAGAUAAGAGAUGACCUUUACUGUUUUUUAUUAUUAUGUCCUCUGUUCUCUGCCGUAAUAAUAUGAGUGACACUUGCUUUGUGAAACUAAAAAGGAAAUAAAGUUGUCCAUCUUUUAAGGGAACGUGUGACUUGAAUUAUGAGCCUAAACAGUCUGUUUUUUUCUGUCUGUAAUGCUAUGAGUCAAAGCAGGUUUCAUGAAUGUUUAAUGGAACUGCAGGCUGUGCUAAAGUGAAAGUGUGAGAGGUUUGUGUGGUAUUUUGUCUGGUACCCACUUCUGCACUGUGGCAACUCCAUUUCCAUCACUGCACGACGACAAAACCUCAGUUAGCUGCGCAGUCAUUCAACACAGAACU